CUACAUCGCCCUUUUAAGGGGCAGCCCCCCGGCAGCGCGCGGCCCCGCCCCCUGCACCGGCGCGCCCCGCGGGGGAGCCGGGCUGGAGCCGAGCGCGCGGUCCGCGCGGCCACUGGAGACCAGGCGGCCGGCGGCCGGGCAGGCGGCGGCAGCGGAUGGGGACGCGGAGUCGGGCGGCUGUGGCUGUGGCGGCGGCCGGAAGCAGCUGGCGGGCCGGCGGCGGCGGCGGCGCUGGCGGCGGUGACAGGCCCAGGCCCCGGCGGCGGUAGCGACGCGGUGGCGGGCUGCGGGCGGGCGGCGUGAGGAGCAGCGGCGGAGCGCGGGGCCGCCGGGAAGCCAGGGCGCCGAGACGCCCCCUGCCCAGUCCUCGCAGGCCGCCAGGCCCCCUCCAGCCGGGGCCGUGGAGCACCGGGGCAAAGGCCGGGGCCCCCAUGAAGGAGCGCGACGCGGCCCCGGCCGAGCGGGGCAAGCCGGCCACCUACACCGGGGACAAGAAGGCGAAGAUGGCGGCCAAGACCAACAAGAAGUGGGUCCGGCUAGCCACGGUGUUCGCCUACGUGCUCUCCGUGUCGCUGGCCGCCAUCGUACUGGCCGUCUACUACAGUCUCAUCUGGCAGCCGGUGGGCGCCGGGACCUCGGGGGGAGCCGUCGGCCCGCCCCCCAGCGGCUCCAACACCACCGGCCCGUCUGGGACUUCGGGGGCGGCGGGGCCCAACACCACCAGGUCGUCCCGCCGCGAGGCGCCACGCGACGCGCCCCCGCUGCAGGCGGCGAGGCCGGCGCCCCCGGAGCCCGCUGUAGACAGCCCCCUGACCGGGCCGCUCGAGCGGCCGCGGGGGCCGGACGAAGACGAAGAGGAAGCGGCCGAAGAGUCCCGGAGUCGUUGAAUCUCUCCGUGUUGGGGACGGUCGGGAAUCAUCGUCCCCCAAGCCCCCAAGCGGGACUUUGCAGCAGGACCGGCUCCGGAGCCCGCCGGAGUGACCCCUACGCGAGCGUACGCCCCCACACACCUCAACGAUAGCCAGCUUGCCCCGGGAGCCGGUAAUGCACAACCGGAUCUUCAGCCAAGGGACCACGAUUCGCCGGGGACUCCGGGUUUGAUCUUCCCAGCACCGUGCAGCGCCGAGGGCCCUGAGCCAUAAGGGGAACUGGGGGGAUGGUGGGGAGAGCCUAGCACCCAACCCUUCUGCGCUGCUAGCUCUGGUGUUUCCUAAACGCAGGGGGUGACUCGGGCGCCCCCUCCCCAAGACUCAGGGGAAGGUAGGGAAUUGUGUAGGGGCUCUUUUUUAGUAAGCUGAGGCUCUCCCGAAGAAGAGAGCACCAAAAGUAGCGGAGCUCAGGUACGUCAACCUAGUUGCAGUGGCCAGACAUGCGUUUAAUUUAUAGAUCCCUGUAUAUAGUUGUUGACAUAUGCACUAGACGCUAUAAUCACAUAGGACUAUGUAUCUCCCCACACCCUGUGUAGCUACUGAAUGGUGGGGUCCAGCAAGGGCUAUUUGCUGGCCUUCAAACUGCACUUAGCCUGAGGGCACAAACACAGCUUUUAUUUUUCUUUUCCAUCACCCACUCUUUCACCUGUUCUCUUCCUGUUUCAGAAAGAUAAGUUUCUGACGUUCUUACACAAGAGUAUAAUCAUUCUUAGACUGCUACCAUGACAGUGGAAAAACCUUAGCAAUAGAAACUGUUUAGGGAGAGUGGGGACUGUGCUGAUCCCCCUCCGGUUCCCAUCCUAGUGCUCCCACCAAAGUGGCUUCCUGUUGUAGCUUGAAUCUCUGGAUCCGUGCCAGGGGCAGUGGAGAGAAAGAGUAAGGCUGCUGUGUUUAGAUUGGUCCCUUCCCCUCACAGAACUCCUUUAGGAAGAGCAAGCCUUUUUAAGUACACUGAUUGGCAAGUGUUUUCUCCCAUUCCCUUCUCAACUCCUCAACUAUCUUAUCGGUUCCAGAUCUUGUCUUAUUUAAUUUCUUGCUCUUCUAGAUCUUGUCUUACUCAUUUUUGCAUUUCCUAUUUUCUGAGCCCAACACAGCAGCUUGCUGUUAGGAACAAAAUCAGUUGCAAAACCAGAGCUUUGAUGUGGUUCUGAGUUGCUUUAUUGGGUAAGAAAGAGCAGAAGGUAGACUUCAGGCUCAGGAGUGUGCUUAGAUAGCGAGUGAAGAGACCGGCUAUGGGAAGAUUGAAUUGGCAGCUUGUCUUUCUCAUUCCUUAUAAGCUUCCACUUAAAUGCAGCCAACAAUUUUCUAGAGGUGGUGACACACACACACACACACACACACACACACACACACACAGAAACACACAGCUCCAGGGCAGCAGGAAUUAUUCUUUGUUUAGAUUCCAUUCCCUCCUGCCACUUGCUUUUAGGCAAUAGAGUGUGGGUAGUGACAGAGAUCAAACCCCCUAGUGUUUCCUUUUUGGGAAAUAAGCUAUUUAAAAAGAAACAAAACAGGAACCUUGCCCACCUUAGUCCUGAAACUGUCUAUCCACUUUUCUGGCCUACCUUGUAGUUAGCUCUGAUUCAGGUUUACAGGACAACAGUCUUGAUUUAAGCCAUGUCCUGUCCUGGGCAAGAAAAUAGCAACUAAGCUGGCAGCCUCCCAGCAGGCUGCCAACACCCCAAGGUGUCUGGGCUUGGAGAUUUCUUCACAGCUGAUGAGGACUUAAGUCAUUAGGAAGCCCAUGGGGACUUUUUAAAUUUUUGAUGAGAGACUGGGGGGAAGAAACAUAAAAUGCCACUUUGUAUCUUCAAUAAUAGCCUGUCAUUUAUAUUCAUGGUGUGAAUUUUUAGUCCUAUAUUUUAAUAAUUUGUAAAUUGAUCUCUUAUUCCAAGAAUCCUCUGGACUCGUGGGAGAGUGUCUGGGAGUCCAUUCCUCUUCCCCUCCUGACCCUGCUUUAUGGACUGUUUAAAUCCACUUUGGAUCAAAGAGUUCAGCAAGACCACUUGUGGUCCAGCUGGCCUCCUGACUCUAUAAGCCUUCACUGGAAUUGGGACAUUUUCUCCAGCCCUAGCUGUGAACAUGACCAGAGACAUUAUUUAUAAUUCAGCCAUUCAAGAUAUACCUGUACUUUAAAAGUCCUGUAUAUUUUUUAAAAGUUUUAUUUUUCAGGUGAACAAAAAUACAUUCUAAGAACUCUGCCUAA